CGGAUAGGACUACGCUACCCAGCAAGCCCAACAGGAAGAGGCAAACGGAACCGCGUCUGGAUGGAGGUCGCGGGGCGCACCAAGGCAUGCUGGGGUUGUACUUCCGGCGGUGGGCGUGUGAGGGGCCCCUGAAGCGCGGAAGAGUUCCCGAACUUGUUCCGAACAGGCGCUCGCGUGAGGCGAUGCCAUGGCGGACCGCGCGCGCCCUUGGAGCCUGGAGGAGCUGCGGAGCGACGCGCUGCCCAAGCGGGAGAUUGUCCACUUUCUGCAGGAGCAAGCGGCACACAGGUUUCUUGCAGAGCACAAGUUGCUUGGUCAGAUAAAAAAUGUGGCUAAAACUGCUACCAAGGAUCAGUUAAUAACAGCAUACAACCAGCUUUUUGAAACAAAGAGCUUUAAGGACACAGAGAGUACUGAGCAAGUGGCAGAACAGGUGAAAAAUGUCAAGAUUGAUGAAGGCCAACCGAAAAAGACAAAACCUGAAGAAGUUGUUGAUGAGGCCUCCCCAAAAUAUGCUAAGUCAAUUCUGAAAAAGGGGGAUAAAAUCAACUUUCCGAAAAAGGGUGAUGUUGUUCACUGCUGGUAUACAGGAAAGCUGCAAGAUGGAACAGUCUUUGACAGUAAUGUUCAGACAAGUUCAAAGAAAAAAAAAGCAUCUCAACCACUGAGCUUCAAAGUUGGUGUUGGAAAAGUGAUUCGAGGUUGGGAUGAAGCCUUGUUGACGAUGAGCAAAGGAGAGAAGGCUAAUCUGGAAAUUGAGCCAGAAUGGGCUUAUGGGAAAAAAGGGCAGCCCGAUGCCAAAUAUCCUUGUGACAUUUAUCACUGUGUACAGAUUGCAAAAAACAUUUUUUGCAUAUGACUACAAUAGUGACUAAGAGCACACUAUUUUUUUUCUGACCAGUUUUACAGCGUUGCAGAAGCCACCAUUGCUGUCCAUUACACUAACAGUGUCUUCAUUGAUAGCUCCAUCAGUGGACUUCUCUAUAGAUUUGUGGAACAAUGGAGCAUUAAGGAGGUAGGACAGAAUAAGGCAAAGUUCAAGUAGUAAUCUUGGUCCACUUAUCUAAUAUUGGAUGCAAAGCAGGAAGGAAAAAAAAAUGUCUCCCCAACUUAAUUAGAUGUUCUCUUGUUGCCUGAUCUUGGUGACUAAGUAAUCUUUAAUUGCCUGCAGUAAUGGUGUAAUUGGGGAAAGGGAGAGAGAGACUCCUUAAAUUAAAGCAACUACGAAUUAGCAAAUAGGUAGAAAAGGAGAAAUGGACAUUGGUGGGUGGUUAGAACAUUUUAGGUUUUCCAAUUUCAUGCUUAAAUCCUCCAAUGGGCAUCUGCUUCCAGCAAUGUCUAGCUGCUUUUCUGACUAUGACAAUACCAGGCCUAAAAUGAUAACGGUAAGUAGUUCUGCAUCAGAGCCCAAGAACUACUUCUGUGUAAUUGGCAUAUUUGUGUCUGAAGAUGAAGAGAUGGCAUUGCCAGUUGUAAUGGGGAAGAAAUCUUAAAAUCUCUGAGCAUCCUGCUCGAUUAUAAUGUGCAACACAGAAUUUAUGAACACCCAUUACUCAGUUGCGAAAGCUCCCAUUUGAGUUAUAUGCUGAAGAAGAAUGACUUGUGAAAGGUCACGUAAGUUAGAAGAAAUGACGUCGGCCUUUUAAGUCUGGAUACAUUUGCAAAACAGUAUCUAUUAUGUAAGAAAUUCCUUAACUUCUAUUUCAGGAUUCCACCCAAUGCAAAACUUUUCUUUGAAGUUGAACUGGUAGAUAUUGAAUGAUGGAUUGUCGUCUCUUCAGACUCAAAUAAUUGUAAAGAUACUUCUGAUUUCAGGGAAAUGCAAACGUGGCCUUUUAUCUGAUAGAUGGAAGAAUCAAAAGCUCUUAUUGCAAUUACAGUACAAUAUCUGUAUAACUAAAAACUAGUUUAUAUGUGGCUUUGACUGAUGUUCUCUAGCAAGGUCUCGCAGAAAAAUGCUCUGGUUUAUUAAGCACUUUGUGCUCUCUAUGAAAAGAAGUUUAAGCUGAGGGUUCCUGAUUUGCUGGGUCAUAGUUUCGAUCCCUUUCAGCCAAAUCGCCACACACAUUUUGUUAAUCUAUUUUAGUCUUUCUGAUGCUACAAGGAAUGAGAGAUCGCAUAUGCUUAAAUCAGUAAACUUAAUCCUGCAGGUGUACAUAUCAGAAUAGCAGGGCAUAGAGUGGGUUAUUUGACUGGAGCAUAUUCAGUCAAAUGUACACCAUGUUGUAUUUCAACUAGGACAGAGGGUUUGAAUGCUCUUACUUUCAAAGCAGAUUGACAUAAGGAAAGAGUACAGUUAAGACUUUUUGGACCAAAUAUGCACCCUGGCUUCUGCAAAGUGUAGAAAUACAAGUGCCUUACGUGCAAAGUUUGAAAAUCAAUGCCGAAAAGAAACUUGGAACUGAAUAGCAGUACAGGUGAAACUGCCAGAAAGAAGCCAUGAUCCAAAAUAAAUUUAACAAACAGCCCACUUGGUGGUUCAAAAGGAAAAGGUACUUUUCAGAAAGAUUACACAAUUUGGUUUUAUUACAAAAAGGCAUUUUAAACAAAAAACUAAACUUACACAUGAAAAUUCCAAUACAAAAUCCAUCCUAAGACACAGCAUGGUUCUAGGAACACACUUCAUUUUAGUCACUCAAAGAGAUACCCUAUACAUUAUGCAUCCCCAUCUGUUAACAUUUUUCUAAAAGCUCACAGCUUUUGGGUGCUGCAAUUGUAAACUGGUAAAACCAAACAGAUGCAGGAAAAGGGGUGUGGAACUUUGAAAAGAUUCAAGCACACUUUACCUCAGGAGAGAAGGAAAGUGUUAUUUCCUGGCCUGGGUAGUGUUUGAGAUUGCUGGGGCAGAUUCUGGCCAGUAUUUAAUACAUGUUAACAGCUUGCAAAUUAACUUUCCCAAUGAAUUAUCAACACUACUUCAUAUAAUUGCUUGAUAAUUUUACUGUUGGGAAAGCUGAUUGCAUGGUAGACUAAAUACAGCAAGAUACCAACAUGAGUUUGUCACAAGAACCCUGUGAAAAUCAACUCAUUAUACAUGCAAAAAAGACAAGAAUCACGUGACAGUUUGUUCACAUCCCUAUUUCUUUCUCUUUUACAAAAGAAAAGCCUUAACAAAACAUUGUGAAAUUCCAUUUCUGGCUAAAUUGUUCUGCUCAGGUUGAAGAUGACUGAUAAUACUGUCCAUAAUUCCAUGCAUUUGAGUAGUUGUACUAAAGGGGAAAAAAUGGAGAAAGUUAAUACCCUGAAUAGUUGAUGUGCUAUAAACUCCAGUAUUAACCAGCGUGAAGUAGCUAAACAAUUAUUAAAGUAAGUUGAAAGCUG